GAGUUCAUGUCAGCUAUGUACUUGACCUAAUUAGUUUACCCUACCCACCCAAUUGAUUCUCACAUCCGCCGCACAAACACCCCCGCUGAAGACAGUUCCCGCCUCCGCCUGAGCCCGACAUCGACUACCUUCUCCGCACAGGUAUGGAGCCAAGUGUACCUUGUGGACCGUAUGAUCGAUCCUUAUUAACAUUUCAAGAUAAGCAUGUGAGUACAGAAGUUUGGGCUGGAAAUGAGAGGGGAAAAUUGAUCCUUCGACAAGGGACAUCUAGACUUCUUGAUUGGGUGAUAAAAGAGCCGCAAAAACGUUAUAUUGAAUCGUGGGGUUUUAAAGGGUUUAAAAGUCCAUGCAGCAUUUUGCAAAAUGAUGUUGGUUUGAUUAGUGCCCUUGUCGAGAGAUGGAGGCCAGAAACAAAUUCAUUUCACUUUCCUGUUGGUGAAAUGACCAUUACCUUGGAAGACGUUUUUAUGUUGUUGGGCCUCCCGGUUCGUGGUAAGCCAAUCAUAUACGAGCGGCUUGAUAGGCCAAAGUCAUAUUUUCUUAAAAACUGGCCUGAUUCUAGUUUGAAUCUAAAGCAUAAGAAAGAGUUGUAUGGUAAAUCAGGGAUUUCUCUUAAAAAACUGCGUGAUAGAUACAAAGAAUUGCCCAAUUUGGAGGAGGGGGAUGAGGAAUCUGUUAAAGCACAUAGCCUUGCCUAUGUGUUAUAUGUUAUUGGUUCGGUGUUGUUUGCUGAUAAUUGCCAAGACGUUGUGCAUCCAAAAUAUUUGCAACUUCUUCUACAACAACAGGAUGAUAGUAUUCCUUAUGCAUGGGGUGCAGGGGUGUUGGGGUUUUUGUACAAGGGGUUGUAUAAAGCCUCCAGGAAGGAGAGUACUGGUAUUGAAGGAUGCUUGACUCUACUUCAGUUGUGGUCUUACGAGAGAAUACUUCCUGGACGUCCAACAAUCGCACCUGAGCAGGAGUACACAUGGCCGCGGAUAGUUGCAUGGGGGAAAUAUGUUGAGGAUAGGUACGAGAACCCACACCAUCAUUUACGGGUUUAUCGUGGUCAGUUUGAUACUUUUGAUCCUCGAUGGCUUACAUGGGAGCCUUAUGCUCACUUUUAUAUGACGGAGGAUGAUGAGUAUGAGGUUGGUCCUCGUACCGGUUUAGCUCGCGUACCGCUUAUACAUUGGAAUAUUGUCGAGUAUCAUAUGCCAGACAGAGUUUUGAGACAAUUCGGCAAGCCACAACAUAUACCAGAUCCUCCCACUGUUGUGUGGGAGCGUAGGGCACCGCUGCCACGCUAGUCUCUCCACCUCACGGGUUUUGAAAUUUUCGCGUGAUUAUUUUCUUGACAAAUUUGGGCUUGACACAAAAGAAGACAAGCUUAUUGAUGUUCAGAGGCAAGGGGGGGAAAUGAAAGGAGAUAUGAAGAGGCCACUAAAGAAUCGUAAAUCAAGAUGGUUGUUUGCUAAUUGGUGGAGUAAGGAUGACAUUGACGUGGAGCCGAUCUCUCAUUUGAAUCUUAAUUACGAACUUCAUAAACCUCAUCUCAUGACAUUGGAGCCACAACAUAUGGUGCAAGAUGAAAUUAUUAAUGCUUACUUUGAGUUGCUAAGAGAAAGAGAGAAACACUAUAUUGUGAACAAGCAAUUUGAGAAUCAAGCUAGACAUUUUUUCAUGCAUUCUGAAUUCAUGGAAGCUUCGAAGAAGUAUGUUAAAGAUUUGAAAAAACAUCCAUUGGAUAGAUCUGCGGAGGAAUUGGAGGCUUUAAAAAGCUUUUUGCUUACUGUAUCUGUGCAACUCCGAGGAAAUAGGGUUGAUGAUUGUGAGUUUAUCUAUUUUCCUACUUGCCUCGAUCAGCAUUGGUUUUUGUUUAUUUGGAGUGUUGUGGACCAAAAAGUCAUCCUUCUAGAUUCUCUUCGUAAUGACACUAAGAAUAGGUCGUUGAAGAAAAUGUAUAGCACCCAGUACUAUAUCAUGGAAAGACUUGUUCCAUGCAUGAUGCACUUUGUUAAUAAGGAAAGAUAUCCGGAGCCCAUCAAAUGGGGUAAAGUGAAACAAUUGAAGAACCGUCCUAUGCAAACUGACAAUGAUUGUGGCAUCUUUGUUUGCAAGUACGUGGAUGCAUCUCUUAUGGGCUUACCUUUGGAACAUGAAAAGUGGAGUAAGGAGGAUGUUCGUAAUUUUCGUUAUCGCAUAGCUUGGGAAAUUUCCAAAGGACAGGCACGACAUUUGCCGAGUUGGAGUAUUGAGUGGAGGAAAAAGUUUCCUCGUAAAAUUGGAGUUUGAAAAUCGAUAGUCUGGAAGUAAGAAGUACCAAAAGGAAACAAUCAGAAGCGUUUAAGGGUUUCAGUUGCUACAAGACUGUAAUACUUCAGCUUGCUAAUCUAGUUUAAAUUAUGGAUAUGCCCUUUAUGUAUUAGGUCGCUGGAAUUGCUUUUGGAUAAUGAAUUUGAAUGUUUUAAUUCUAGAUAUAAUGAAGCUCUUGUACAUUAUGUUAAUCAACAGCUACACAAAAAUCUACUUUUUUUUUUAGUUUUACUUAAAAUCAUGUCAGUGACUUGAUUUUU